UCCCAAAUAGCCCUGGGAAAAAGGUCGUGCAGCACAAUGGGGGCUUUCAACUUACGAUUUUCUUUGUUUUAGGCUCCAUAAAAAUACAGACUCACCAGUUCCUGCUUUGAUGUGACAUGUGACUCCCCAGAAUACAUCUUGCUUCUGUAGACCAGCUCCAACAAGAUUCCAUGGUAGCUGGAAUGUUAGGGCUCAGGGAAGAAAAAUCAGAAGAACAGGAUCUCCAGGGCCUCAAGGACAAACCUUUGAAGUUUAAAAAGGUGAAGAAGGAUAAGAAAGAAGACAAAGAGGGCAAGCAUGAGCCCUUGCAGCCACCGGCCCACCACUCUGCUGAGCCAGCAGAGGCAGGCAAAGCAGAGACCUCAGAAGGGUCGGGCUCAGCGCCAGCCGUCCCAGAAGCUUCUGCCUCCCCGAAACAGCGGCGCUCCAUCAUUCGUGACCGGGGACCCAUGUAUGAUGACCCUACUCUGCCUGAAGGUUGGACCCGAAAGCUUAAGCAAAGGAAAUCUGGCCGCUCCGCUGGGAAGUAUGAUGUGUAUUUGAUCAAUCCCCAGGGAAAAGCCUUUCGCUCUAAAGUGGAGUUGAUUGCAUACUUCGAAAAGGUAGGCGACACCUCCCUGGACCCUAAUGAUUUUGACUUCACGGUAACUGGGAGAGGGAGCCCCUCCCGGCGAGAGCAGAAACCACCUAAGAAGCCCAAAUCUCCCAAAGCUCCAGGAACUGGCAGAGGUCGGGGACGCCCCAAAGGGAGCGGCACCACGAGACCCAAGGCAGCAGCAUCAGAGGGCGUGCAGGUGAAAAGGGUCCUGGAGAAAAGUCCCGGGAAGCUGCUCGUCAAGAUGCCAUUUCAGGCUUCUCCAGGGAGCAAGACCGAAGGGGGUGGGGCCACCACAUCGGCCCAGGUCAUGGUCAUCAAACGCCCUGGCAGGAAGCGAAAAGCUGAGGCCGACCCACAGGCCAUUCCCAAGAAGCGGGGCCGAAAGCCAGGCAGUGUGGUUGCAGCCGCUGCCGCCGAGGCCAAGAAGAAAGCCGUGAAGGAGUCUUCCAUCCGGUCCGUGCAGGAGACCGUGCUCCCCAUCAAGAAGCGCAAGACCCGGGAGACGGUCAGCAUCGAGGUGAAAGAGGUGGUGAAGCCCCUGCUGGUGUCCACCCUCGGCGAGAAGAGCGGGAAGGGACUGAAGACCUGCAAGAGCCCCGGGCGGAAAAGCAAGGAGAGCAGCCCCAAGGGGCGCAGCGGCAGCGCCUCUUCGCCCCCCAAGAAGGAGCACCACCACCACCACCACCCCUCGGAGCCCCCGAAGGCGCCCGUGCCGCUGCUCCCGCCCCCGCCCCCGCCCCCGCCCGAGCCGCAGAGCUCUGAGGACCCUGCCAGCCCCCCUGAGCCCCAGGACUUGAGCAGCAAUGUCUGCAAAGAGGAGAAGAUGCCGAGAGGAGGCUCGCUGGAGAGCGAUGGCUGCCCCAAGGAGCCAGCUAAGACUCAGCCCGCGGUCGCAACCGCCGCCACGGCCGCAGAAAAGUACAAACACCGAGGGGAGGGAGAGCGCAAAGACAUUGUUUCAUCCUCCAUGCCAAGGCCAAACAGAGAGGAGCCUGUGGACAGCCGGACGCCCGUGACCGAGAGAGUUAGCUGACUUUACACAGAGCGGAUUGCAAAGCAAACCAACAAGAAUAACGGCAGCUGUUGUCUCUUCUCCUUAUGGGUAGGGCUCUGACAAAGCUUCCCGAUUAACUGAAAUAAAAAAUAUUUUUUUUUCUUUCAGUAAACUUAGAGUUUCGUGGCUUCAGGGUGGGAGUAGUUGGAGCAUUGGGGAUGUUUUUCUUACCGACAAGCACAGUCAGGUUGAAGACCUAACCAGGGCCAGAAGUAGCUUUGCACUUUUCUAAACUAGGCUCCUUCAACAAGGCUUGCUGCAGAUACUACUGACCAGACAAGCUGUUGACCAGGCUUCUUAGGGUACGCCUGCACCUCCCCUCCCACCCAGACCUCCCCCUGUGUGGUCGUUAGGGACAGAGAGCCGUUGAGAGGACACUCCUGUUUUUGGUGCCAUUGGUGCCCCAGUCUCAGCUCUCCUCCCCCCCCCACCUUGCCCUGCCUCCAGCUCCCCCAACCUCCCCCAUGCCCACCCACAUCGGGACAAGGAGGCAUGAGGCGAGACAGACAGUUGGAUUCUUUAGAGAAGAUGGAGAUGGCCAGACGGUAUAGCCCGUGUGAUCCCACCUGUGGUGGCACUGAUGUGGCCCCACACCAGACCCAAUCCAAAACCGACAAGGACAUUUCACAUGACAGGGAAGGAGCACCUGUCCGCCCCAGUCAUGGCAUGGCUAGGAGGAGGGAGGCAUCCUUUGAGCUGCUUGGGUAUAGGCUGGCCUGAGCCAGAGGAGAGGAGGGCCCCGGGCCGUCCUCCCGUGGGUGGCGGUAGAGAGAGGCCAGGAAGGCAGCAGGAGAGGCCCCGGCAGGUUGGCCCGGGCUCCAGACAGCCGAGCACCCGGGGCAGAAGGGAUUCCUAGUCGCUCAGAGCAGGUGUGGCUGAUAGAGCCUUAGAGGAUGGGGCAGGGGGCCGGGGGAAGGAGGGGAGAAUGUUCUUCCAAAACUUUCCAAUUCUAACUCCUUUAGGGACAGCUUAGAACUAUUUGCACUAUUGAGUCUUCAUGUUCCCACUUCAAAACAUGCUCUGAGAGCAAACUGGCUUGAAUUGGUGACACUUUGUCCCUCAAGCCACCAGACGUGAUGGUGUUGAGAACUACCUGGAUGUGUAUAUACCUGCGCUUGUUUUCAAGUGGGCUCAGCACAUAGGGUUCCCACGAAGCUCCGAAACUCUAAGUGUUUGCUGCAAUUUAUAAGGACUUCCUGAUUGGUUUCUCUUCUCUCCUUCCAUUUCUGCCUUCUUUCACUUCAGCCUUUCAUUUCUUCCCCUCCUCCUCCUUGCUCAUCCCUUCUGUUCCAGGCAGCUGCAGUGCCCCACUGUACCCCAGGCUGACACCAGUCAGCUCAGGCCCUGGAACUUACUGCUCCCCUACCUUGGCCUUCCCGCCGUCAGCCCCAGCCCCCCUCCCACCCCGUUCUGAGCCCUGAGGAAGCCCCAGGCUCUGCUGAGUCCCCCUGGCCCUUGCUCUUCAGCCUCUCUGAAGGGCAAGGGAGCAGCCAGGCCAUGCUCCCUAAGAGUCCCCUUCUCCGGUCAGACCUCGGAUCCCGAGCCUUCUCAACCUUCCACUCAACAGAGGUGGGUGGGAGGAAGUGGGCCGAAUUUUAAUAUGGAAGCCAGGGGCAGCACAGAGACCCACUGUAGCCUGCCAGAGUCAUUGAGUGGCCCAGCCCCGACCUUGGCCUCGGCCAGACCUGGCUAGCGCGGGGCGGGGCGGCAGGGCAGCGGGUAGAGCAGGUGCAGACGCCCCCCUGCCACUCCUCUAAGUGCAGAUUCUUGUCUGCUGGACCCCAUUGGGCCUCUGCUUGCUGGAGACUGGGUGGGGCCAGUACCUCACAAGUUUCCGCAUCUGCACCCGGGGAGUGGUGUGGGGGCUCAGAGGCUCGGGUUUGUUGUGGGCGUUAACUGAUCAGUUUUAAUUCGGACCCCAUGCUUUCGUCCUUGGUUCAGGAAGUCCUUAUCUAGCUGCAUAUCUUCAUCAUAUUGGUAUAUCCUUUUCUGUGUUUACAGAGAUGUCUCUUAUAUCUAAAUCUGUCCAACUGAGAAGUACCUUAUCAAAGUAGCAAACGAGACAGCAGUCUUAUGCUUCCAGAAACACUCACAAGCACGUCCUGUGUGAGCUGCUGCCAUGAACUGUCAAGUGUGUGUUGUCUCGUGUAUUUCAGUUCUUAUCCCCUGGCUUCCUUACUGCAGUGUAACCAUGAAGGAGUGAAACAUCUUAGAAACCGUCUAGCACUUCCUUGCCAGUCCUUAGUGAUCAGGAACCAUAGUCGACAGUUCCAAUCAGUAGCUUAAGAAAAAAACCAUUUCUGUCUCUUCCAGAGUGGUUAGAAGCAAGGGAGUUUGCACUGUUCUGUUUGUAGUCGUAGUUGGCUUUUCUGGCUCUUUUUGUAUCCAUUUGCUGAUGCGGCAAAAGCAAGUCCCACAACCAAACCCGCUCUGUUACCGACCCUCCAGGCUUCACGUCUGAUGCCUCCCCAGGGAGGGACGGGGGGUUGGAGGAGGGGGUGAGUCCUUUGGGACCAACUCUUCCUCCAAGGACAAAAGGCCCCUGACCUUGCAGUGGCUUGCAUUCCUGGCACCCCCGAAGAACUCCUAUCCACACGAGCACGGUGUCCAACCAGUUUGUUGUGGAGACCCCAUCUGGUUUGGUCGGUCAGGUUUUUAGGCUUCAUGCUUUUAGUCCAGUAAAAUGUAGCUCCUGGGACCAGUAUCAAGAGAUGGCCUCCCCAUUGGCUUGGUACCAUCGGAUCCUGGGGCAAGGAGAGCUGGGUCUGCCGUGGCCCUUUCCCCUGUGACAGUUCAUUCUGGGGCUGACUGGGCGUUGGUGGUCGAGAACCCAGAAUUGCCAGUGGCAUUUCCUUUCUGCCCUGCCUGCAGCAUCCUGGCUCCGCAGCUUCUUCCCCUAGAGUUUCCAGGCUGCAGGUGGCGCCUGAGGCACUGUAGGGUUUUCUCCAUUUCCCCCCUUCCUUCUUCCACAUUCCUUCUUCCCCCAGAUAGAGGCGUCGCUGGUGAGUCACCUUUGGGCGGGGGCCCUGCAGCUCCCAUUCCGCCUCUGCCCAGGAAUCAGGUUGACGGGAAGUCAGAGCGAAAGCCUGAGCCACAGAAGCCUUAGCAGCUGUGCCAGGCCCAGUUUGGGGCUGUGCCCUCGGCCGUGUGUGCCUAAAGACCAGGGAGAUUGGGGGCACCUCCUAGGGACUAUGUCAGGAAGGCGAGACUUGACCAACAGCUUGCAGAUGCCCACGGGGCUAGGUCACAGAGUCAUGUUCAGAUCCCCCGCCCUCAUUCUGGUCAUUAGUUGCUACCUCCUCUCCUGACAGAAUUCCAGCCAUCCUCGAACUCCUCCCACUGGGCCCUGCCCACUGGGGGCCCGUCCUCAGCAGUGUGGUUGCUGGCCUUGGCAUUGCAGUGAACUGGAGACACGGCCACAGCCAGGUUCUAGUACAGCUCUCUUCUGCUGGUGCUGUAUUCCCAUAGCAAAAGGCACAGGAGACACCCAGACAUGCCAUGUCCCCCAGUCCAUCAGUGCCAGACUAGCCAAGGACCCCUCCCCUCAGCUCCCGGGAGGGUGAAAGCUGAAGUGCUGGCCCGGGGAUGCUGGCCACGGCCAGCACCUGACCUCCACUCCUGAGACCCCAGGGAGAUGGCAUCAGCCUGUUAGGUGGUGUCAUGCCAGGCUAGAGGCCACGAAAGCUGGCAGUGGGAUCUGGAGCAGCCCAGAGUUGUUGCCUGCCCUCUGCCUAGCUUGUCAUUGCUGUGACAGCUGUCAGGAAAGAGGGUACUAGCUGGAAACAAGCCGCCAUGUUUGGUGGGAAAGGAGCUUCCUUAGCUGACAGGACCUCCAAGUUUUAAGUAACUUUUAAUAAGUGGCUCAAGCCCAGGAGGGAAGAGUGUGAACUGAAUACACCAGGUGGAGCCUGGCAGCUGAGCUCUGUGCCCCCUUUCCAGAGCGUUCCUGCCAGGCUCUGUGGGCUGACGGGGCUGGGGAAGUCACGGGUACCAGUUCUGAGAGAGAGAGCACCUCUGUGUCUCCACUGCUGGCCGGGGUCCUUGCCGCACAUUGUUUCCUGAUGUGAGUUUCACACAAGGAUGGCCGGGGUCAUCCAGACCUCGGGAAGUAAGCAAGCUGGGUCGAGAGCCCCAGGGGCGUUUGCCUAGGCUGGGGCUUGGGGUGCCCCGCGGCCCCGCCACAUCAUACCCGGCGCUCACUGCUCUCUGUCAGUGAACCCGUCCACCGAGGGGUUUGUGGAGUCUCCGUUUCUGCAUAUUCCUCUUGUAGAUGUUGUCUCAGUCUUUAGAAAAGGCACAGUCUAAUUGUUACAAAUCGCUAGGAUACUGACCCCCAGGGUCUAAUGUUCCAUGUGAAAGGGGAAAAAAGUGAACACUGAAACCCCUUGUCAACAAUUCAGAAGGAAAACCUAGAAAACAUUUAGCAGAGAACUACAUUUCAAUGUUUCUGAAUGAGUAAGAGCAAGCUUUUGCAAAAAUGCCGAUGUAAAAAUACUUGGAGCCUGACCUGAUGUGUGGUGAGCGCUGCAAAUUAAGGGGAAUCCAGCCAGAAAGUGCUGGAUCUGACUUGGGGCCAUCCUGUCACUGGAGAGCCCAUCUCGCCUUGGGGAGCAGUCCACCCCUGUCCUGUGGGGAGGUCUGCCUGCCUUGCCACCGCAGGAGCCCAGGUCUGAGUGUGGGAAGGAGAGUGCUCACAAGUGAGUCUGAAAGCCAGCAACUUUCUCCCUCCCCAGCGCCACCUGUUUCUGGCUCCUUUCUCAUUUCGACAGGGCCUGCCCCAAGUGCUGACUUGUCAGGAAAAGUGAAUUCUAACUGGGGCCCAGGCAACUAGUAGGGAGAGGGUGAUGUCUCCUCCCAGUCUCUGCCCUGAGGACAGGCCCCUGCCCUGCUCUCUGUUGGGCCCAGGUGGAGUGGCACUCCUUCUCAGCUCGGAGGUGAAGACAGGCCUGAGCACUCACUGUGGGGUGUGACCCCCCGCUCGCCCGUCCCCUGUGGGAGCCCCUGGAGCAGAGGGAGGGCAGAGUUGAGACCCUCAUGGAGGGAAAUCUGGCUUUGAGUUUCAGAACAUUCAGGAAACUUGCAAAUUGCCUUUGCUCUGCUAGCUCCUCCCUUUGAUCUACCUGUCCUCAGGUCUUGCUCAGCAGUGAGAGAAAAUGAGAUCAAAAGGCCAAGAGGUUUGGCUCCUGCCCACUGGUAGUCCUUCUUCCCACAGUGUUUGUGUGUCAAGUGACAAAGCUGUUCUUCCUGGUGACCCUGAUUAUACCCAGUAUCUUAUAGACUAUACGCAUAGGCCUGCUUGGUCUCUUCUAUCCUGGGCGUUUGUUUCGCUUUUUAGUUUUGCUUUUAGUUCUUCUGUCCCUUUUAUUUAACACACCGACUAGACACACAAAGCAGUUGAAUUUUUAUAUAUAUAUAUCUGUAUAUUGCACAAUUAUAAACUCAUUUUGCUUGUGGCUCCACACAAAAAAGACCUAGUUAAAAUUAUACCUGUUGCUUAAUUACAAUAUUUCUGAUAACCAUAGCAUAGGACAAGGGAAAAUUUAAAAAAAAACAAAAAACAAAAACAACUAAAAAAAAACGACAAACCUGUCUGCUGGUCACUUCUGUCCAGGCAGAUGCGUGGUCUUUCCUCGCUUCUUUCAAGGGCUUCCCUGUGCCAAGCGAAGGAGGCUCCAGGCAGCACCUGGGUUUUGCACUGUUUCUCCCAAGCUUGAGAGAGAGGCCCCAGGGUGCUGGUGCAAGAUAGUUCGUUUCAACGGGUGGGCGCAAGAGUGCUCCCUUGCCCUGGCGAAGCCAGGAAUGUCAUUGGCACCACCUGGUCCCCUUCGAUCCUGGGUGGGGCAGCUGGAGUACCUGGGGGUGGCCUGACCCCCACCCUGACCCCUUCCAGUGACCCCUUCAGAGUGAUCCUGUUUGGAGAGUCGGCUCAGCAGGCCUCCCCACCAGCAGGGCUCCUGCUUUGCAGAGUCCGGGGUUGGAGGGGAGAUGGAAGGCCUUGUCUCAUCUCUGAAAGUGUGAGCUGCACCAGGUAGUACACCAGGGACCCCAGAACCACAUAGGAGGUCCAGUGGGUCCCCUCCAAGAGGUAGCAAAGACUCCAGAAACAUCCCUUCCUCUUCUCCCCAUCCUACGAGUAAUUGCAUUUGCUUUUGUAAUUCUUAAUGAGCAAUAUCUGCUAGAGUUUAGCCGUAACAGUUCUUUUUGAUCGUUUUUUUAAGUAAUUAAAAACACCAAAAAAAAAUCCAGAAACUUGUUCUUCCAAAGCAGAGAGCAUUAUAAUCACCAGGGCCAAAAGCUUCCCUCCCUGCGUCAUGACUUCUGAGGCCUGAAUCCAAAAGAGAAACACUCGCAGGCCCUUUGGGUGGCCAGGCUGCCCGCGGGCCCCUCGGAGAACCUGGGCUGGGGCAGCCUCCGGGCCCGGUCUGGGGUCUCACGCCAGCCUUCGUUCAGUAUUAGCAGUGGGGCCACAGCCUCCUGGCCCGCCCAGCCGGGGCGGGGGCGGAGGAGGCUGCUGCGAGGCCUCCCCCAGGUGGGUGUCUGCACCAGUCCGCAGGCGUGCUUUCCGACUGAAACCUGAAAUCAGCGCUGAGUUAGCCUCACCCGGUGACCUCUCGCCCCGCCCGGACGGAGCAGGGCCCACCCAGUUCAGUGUUUCUGGGGAGCUGGACGGUGGAGUGCGAAAGGCUUGCAGAACUCGAAGCCUGCUCCUUCCCUUGCCACCAAGGCCUCCUUUUCCGUUUGAGUUGUCACUGCUUCAAUCAAUAACAGCCGCUCCAGAGUCAGUAGUUGAUGAAUAUAUGACCAAAUAUCACCAGGACUGUUACUCAAUGUGUGCCGAGCCCUUUCCUCGCGCUGGGCUCCCGCGUACCCGGACACUGUACCGUGUGCUGUGUUUGCUCCCCACCCCCUUCGCCCUCCCUUUGUCUCUCUGGGGUUUUUCUGUUUGGGUUUGGUUUGGUUUUUAUUUCCCCUUUUGUGUUCCAAACAUGAGGUUCUCUCUACUGGUCCUCUUAACUGUGGUGUUGAGGCUUAUAUUUGUGUAAUUUUUGGUGGGUGAAAGGAACUCUGCUAAGUAAAUCUCUUCUGUGUUUGAACUGAAGUCUGUAUUGUAACUAUGUUUAAAGUAAUUGUUCCAGAGACAAAUGCUUCUAGACACCUUUUCUUUACAAACAAAAGAAUUCGGAGAGCGGGAUGGUAACUGAGAUGAGAGGGGCUGUCCUUUUUCCCCAGGAGGGGAGAUCCAAAGACAGGACCCCUGCCUAUAUCAGCUGGAAGCCACCCAAAGACACUAAGCCUAAAGCCAAUGGGCCGAAUAGCUGAUGUGUUGCCAUUUUCGAAGUCAGAGCAAAACCAGGUUUUGUUCCACUCAGUGAAUUCUUUUGCCCACCCCCCCUCAGAUUCUUAGCAUCAUUAUUAUUUUUUAAGGACAGACAAGACAUGUUCCUGCAAGGGGAGCCAGGACGUGUGUGAGCAGAGCAGCCUUGCCUGGGUAGGGGAAGUUUGGGGCGGGCCUGAGCGGUGUGGCUCAGACAAAGGAUAGGCAUCUCCCUGAAGACCCUGCUGUGGCCGGAGGUCAGGUAUACAUUGACAGGGCAUUACCAUGCAGGGUGGGCAUUACUGUUCAGGGCACCCCCAUCCCAUCCCACCCUGUCCCGCAGUGCACAACACUAACGUCACCUCUCCAUUCCCCACUUGCCCGGAUGAUAAGAUGGUGGUGGAGGGAUAGCCCCCACUUCGCCGUCAUCUAAUCCCCAGCAAAAUUCCGACAUGAGAAACCCCCUUAUUUUUUCAUGGCAAAACCAGACCCAUCUCAGAGAAGCCGUUACCUCCCAGACAUUGUUUGGGGCUGAUGGUACAGGGACAGGUGUGUGCUCCCUUAGUGCCCGGAGGCUCCUCCGCUGACAGGCGAGGACAGUGCUGACUGUGGUGACCGUUUGCAUGUGGGAUUUAGUUGCAGGAAGGACCAGGCCGGGACGCUGCCCCCUCCCAGGUCGCAGCGACACAGGUCGCCCUGUGCAGAGGGAGCUGGCUCCAGCCCAGAAGCCUGGAAGCCCGAAAGAGGGCGGGAGAGGUGUGCGUGGGGCGCGAGGAGCCGCCCGGGACAGACUUGGCUGGAGAUGUCUCAGAGAGCCCUCUGUCGCACUCACCUUCAGUUUUUGUGUUUUGGGACAAUUACUUUAGAAAAAUAAGUAGGUCGUUUUAAAAACAAAAAAUACUGAUUGCUUUUUUGUAGUGUUCAAAAAAAAGGUUCUUUGUGUAUAGCCAAAUGACUGAAAGCACUGAUAUAUUUAAAAACAAAAGGCAAUUUAUUAAGGAAAUUUGUACCAUUUCAGUAAACCUGUCUGAAUGUACCUGUAUACGUUUCAAAAACACCCCCCACUGAAUCCCUGUAACCUAUUUAUUAUAUAAAGAGUUUGCCUUAUAAAUUUA